GUCAGUAAUCACGAAGACACAGAAGUGUGCGUGUGUGUACAACUCUGGGCUGCUAUUUGCUGGUUGUAAUAGGCAAUUAUUAGCCAUUGGUUCAGUGGACAAUCCGUUUAUAAAACAAAACGAUAUUCGGAAAGAACUGAAAAACCCUCUUGGGGAGAUAAUGUUGAGAAUAUUAUCACGCAACCCCAAGGUUCCCCUGAGAGAGAAUCAAUAGAAAUCUCUAAACCAGUGCAACCUGGCAAUGUAGGUCGGGCGGAUGAGGUUUCAUGGGGACCAUUCUCUGCCCUACAGGAAAACGUUCUAGCGCUCCGUACUGGACUUAAUGUGUAAAUAAUAAACUUAUUUGUCCGUGGUGUGAAGGGUUUUGAAAAUUGUUAAACAGUAUAUGCUGGUUUGUGUGAGAGAUUUUGCUGUUAGUAGUCACAAAUUGAAGUUACAGCAAUGAGUCAACCAGGAAACAUGGGUUAUGGACAGCAGCCACCUUAUCCUGCUCCUGGUCCAUAUCCUCCUGCAGGCAGCUAUCCUCAGCCAGGUCCAUAUCCUCAGCCAGGUCCAUAUCCUCAGCCAGGUCCUUAUCCUCAGCCAGGCGGAUAUCAACAGCCAGGUGGCGGAUAUCCCCAGCCUCAGCCUGGACAGUACCCUCCACCACAACAACCUGUAGCAGGGUAUACAGGCCCUGCUUAUCCACCAGGCAGUAUCCCUCAAGGUGGCUAUGGUCCACCUUCUGGGCCACAACCUGGACAGCCAGGAGCAUGGAUGCCAGCUCCACAUGUACCAAACUGUCCUCCUGGCCUUGAGUACCUCACACAAAUCGACCAGAUUAUUGUUCAACAGAAGGUUGAAUUACUUGAAGCAUUUACUGGUUUUGAGACAUCUAAUAAGUACAAAGUGAAAAAUUCUCUUGGACAACAAAUGUAUUUUGCUGCUGAAGACACAGACUGCUGUACUCGUCAAUGCUGUGGUCCCAUGAGACCAUUUGACAUGAAGAUCAUGGACAAUUCACAAAACGAAGUAAUUCAUCUGAACCGUCCUUUGGCCUGUGAUUCGUGCCUCUUCCCGUGUUGCCUACAGAGUAUUGAAGUCACUUCUCCCCCGGGUACUGUAAUUGGAAGCAUCCAUCAGGAAUGGAGUAUACUGGCACCGAAAUUCACUGUCAGGAAUGCAUCGGAUGAUGUCAUUUUGAGAAUUGAAGGUCCUUUUUGUACUUACAGUAUAUGCGGGGAUGUGGAAUUCCAAGUGCUCUCUCCUGAUGGUUCAACUCAGGUUGGCAAAAUCAGCAAGCAGUGGACAGGCCUUGCCAAGGAAGCCUUCACUGAUGCUGAUAAUUUUGGAAUUACGUUCCCCAUAGACCUUGAUGUGAAAAUGAAGGCUACCUUGCUUGGGGCUGUGUUCCUCAUUGACUUCAUGUUCUUCGAGAAGAAAGGCAACAAAGAAAAUGAUUCAGUUGGAAUGCUUUAAGCUGGACCAGUGGAGGAUACUGGGUGAUAUCAGUGUACUUAACAUUAUUUUCAUAACAAAAAUGUCCAGUUUUUAGAUAAUUAUUUGAUUUAAUAAAAAAAAAAACAACAGAAGUCAAGAGAAACAGAAACUAUUAAAGACUGAAUGUCAGGUAUAUUCUUAGUAAUAUUAAAUAGAUGAUAAAUAAUAUAUGAGCAUUUUUUGUUUAUGGAGAGUGUUAUGUUAAAAGACAACUAUAAGUAGACAGAAUUUGUAUAUAGUCAAGUAUUUUUUGCUAUCAAUGUAAAUUUGAUUUAUCAUUUAUUUUUUAUUCUCCUCCUAAUGUUUAUACAUUGUCCCUUAUGAUCAGUUCUGCAAACUGUAUCCAGUGUAAUCUAAUAUAUAUGUUCUUCUAAUAUCUUGAUGUAGAAAAAUAGUGUGGAUAAAAAGGAUCAAUUAAAAAAUGAGACAUCAGUUUUCCAAAUCCUCUUGAAGGUAACAUCCAGACAGAAUUCAAAAUGUGCUAGUGUUUUGCCAUUAUUAUGUCUAUAUUUGUACAGUGUCUUGUUAUUCUAUUGGAGCAUUAAUAAUGGACUAAUUAUAAGGGAAUUGAGUCUACCAUUGCCCAGGGUUAAAUGCAUAAGAAAAACCUUAUGUUAGAAGUAAGUAUUCAGUAUUCAGUCUUAUUUUUCUGUAAAACAUUUUUCUUAAAUACUUAUUGAAAGUGUUAUUAUGUUAGUUGGGGCUGUUUAAGAAUUCGUUCUCUUUUAACCCGUUAGUGCAGGGUGCAUGCACUGCAGAUUGUUUUGUCUAACACAAAUGGCUCCACAAGUGCUUAGGCACCAAGGAGUCACUUACUAGGCCUUCCGUUUCCUUGAAUUUUUUGGGAAAGUUUCUUCAUCUAUUACUGUUUUUUAUAAUUUUUAAUCAUUUUCAAUGUUGUAACUGUAACUAUUAAUAUCAUUAAGACAUUUUUGACAAUGAUAGUAAAGAGACUAGGACAGAAAUAAGAUUAGAUGACUAUUAUUUCCCAAAAUGUAAGGAAGGAGUAAACAAGUGAGAUCAGGUUGGGCUAGCUUUUUACUCCUAGGUGACUGAGCACUUCUAGAGUCAUCUGUGGAAAAUAAAGUUUACAAAAGAAAUCAAAGUAGAUGUGGCAUGUGCAUAUGCACUUUGGUUAUCAACAGGUAAUAUUAAGUGCUGUUCCUGUACAACUGACCUCAAAAACAACUGAUCAUUGGAAGGGAUGCUUGUUGUUCUUAAUUUUAAGUGUCAGUGUCAUUUAAAACAAGGGCCAUCACUACAGGAGAACCAGAGUGCUGUAAUCCCUUUUUCAGUGGUCCCCCAUCCUUGAUUUUUUUACCAAAUGUCUGAUCUCUCAAUGGAGAGAGCAUAUAAUUAAUUUCUAUAUUCAAAGUACAGUCAGAGCUGCAUACAUGAGAACACAGAUUUUCUUAAGUUCACAAGUAUGUGGACUGAUUUUUUGUUUGUAAUGAAAUACAAUAAUUUAAUUUUAAGCUUGUAAGAUCUUUUAGUUGUUUUUAUUCCUUGAAUAAAUUUAGUUGAUAGUAAAAGGUAUCCCAAGAACAAAUAUAUUUGCAUCAGAAACUAUUUAUUAUAUAUUUAUCACCCGUUUCCUUUUUCUUAUUUUCUAAUAGAUGUCUGUAUUACUGACAUGUUGUUCUGAAAUAACACACUCAUGAUGGUUUAUGAAAUAUUUUAUGCAUGAACAUCUUAUUGUACACUUAACCCUUCCACCAGGACAUGUUACUUGAUGUCCUAAGAGAUGUCAUAUAAUAUCUUUACAUUUUGAUUACUUAUUGUGUAACUGUGUGACUGAGGCAGCAACUAUACAAACUAUAUAUUAAAAGAGCCAGAGAUGCCGCAUGUCACUAGCUGGUCAUUCAAAUGUUUUAUCUACACAUAAAUACACCGUAAUUAAAUUAAUUCAUGUGAAAUGUGAAUAUUUCAUUUAAAUUAUGUUACUACCAUGCAUAUAAAAUCAACAACAAAGAAAGUAAAUGUUAUGAAGAAACAAUAGAAUUAUAAUGAAGACGACUAUUGUUUACAUUUCAUGGUCAUAUAUCAGAAAGUUUGAUACUCAUUUACUUUGUUGUAUUUUUUUCCAUACCAAAGGGAUAUGAUUAGAGUUCUUUACAGUGUGUAAUCAAAGUUGGGAGCCUAAAGAUCCUUUAUGUAUUUUUUUUUCUUUUUUUUCAAUACAGCUUUAUAUUUCCUA